CACUGUGCAAGCGUGGGGUACUUGAUAUUUUCUUUGGAUAUUCACCAAGAAUAGAUUGAUAGACGCUUCCUGAACAACAACCCUACCUCUUCCAUUCGAAGUAUCCUCCUCCUCCUCCGCGCAUACCCACCACAGCAACCAUGCCCCGCACCGCCACCAUCUCGCGCGACACCAACGAAACCAAGGUGCAAAUCUCGCUGAACCUCGACGGCGGCGCCCUCGAUCCCUUCCCGCAAUCCGACUUCUGGGACAAGAUUGACAAGGCGAAGGGAGAUGCGGAGGAGAAGGAACAUGCGGCGCAAAGCAGCAAAAGCCAAAUCAUUGCCAUUGACACGGGGAUUGGGUUUCUGGACCACAUGAUCCAUGCGCUGGCGAAGCAUGCGGGGUGGAGUUUGAGGGUGAGGUGUAAGGGGGACUUGCACAUCGACGACCAUCACACCGCCGAAGACGUCUUCCUCGCCCUCGGCACCGCCUUCAAGUCCUCCCUCUCCACCUCGACCGGCCUCGCCCGCUUCGGCAGCGCCUACUGCCCCCUCGACGAGGCUCUCUCGCGCGCAGUCAUCGACCUCUCCAAUCGCCCGUAUUUCGUCUCGAAUCUGAAUACCUGCUUCCAGAGGGAGAAGGUGGGCGACCUGAGCACGGAAAUGAUUCCCCAUUGCCUGCAGAGUUUUGCUUUCAAUGCGGGCGUCACGCUGCAUGUGGAUGUGCUGAAGGGCGAGAAUGAUCAUCACAGGGCUGAGAGUGCGUUUAAGGCCCUGGCCGUAGCGAUACGGAUGGCGACGACGGUGGUGAAGGCGUGGGAGGGGGAGGUGAGGAGUACGAAGGGGGUACUGUAUUAGGAGAACUUGCAGUAGGGACCAGUAGUCUAGGAUCGAAAACAGGCGUGGGGACGCACGCGACUUGGGAUAGACUUGACGGAUGGGGCGGAAUGUUUGAUGAAUCUUGACGACAGCGAGAUAUCGCCCUGCAGAACAUAUGAAAGAUUGCUUAUGUUCGUGUAUCUUCUUCUCUGGUUAUACCUAUGUACAC